GUUCCCCAGGAACCACGGAUGCGCUUCUUCGCGCCUCCUAUCCCUGACUUGUAAAGUCGUUCUUCCCUCCCCCCAACCGCCACCAGGUGACCUUUGGGCUCGGGGAUGGAUCCCAGGAAGAAGUUGGCGUUUGUGGGGACGAUGCCUGAACAGGAGAGACAGGUCACAGCCAAAGAGGCUAGUCGGAAAAUCUUGUCUAAACUAACUUUGCCUGCACGGCUCUGGGAACAAUCAUCGAAGCAAAGCUUUGCCUUCGACAAUGUUGGCUACGAAGGAGGUCUGGACAGCACCUGCUCAUCUCCCGCCACCACCGGUGUGGUUAACAUCCUAGGCAUGACAUGUCAUUCUUGUGUCAAGUCCAUUGAGGACAGGAUCUCCAGUCUGAAAGGCAUUGUGAACAUUAAGGUUUCUCUGGAACAGGGCAGCGCCACUGUCAAAUAUGUGGCGUCAGUCAUUACCCUGCAGCAGAUUUGCCUUCAGAUUGAGGAUAUGGGCUUUGAGGCCAGCGCUGCAGAAGGAAAGGCUGCCUCCUGGCCUUCCAGGUCGUCCUCCCCAGCUCAGGAGGCAAUGGUCAAGCUCCGGGUAGAAGGCAUGACCUGUCAGUCCUGUGUCAGCUCCAUCGAAGGCAAGAUCCGGAAACUCCAAGGGGUUGUGAGAGUCAAAGUCUCCCUAAGCAACCAAGAGGCAGUCAUUACAUAUCAGCCUUACCUCAUUCAACCGGAAGACCUGAGGGACCACAUCUGUGACAUGGGAUUUGAAGCCGCCAUCAAGAACAGAACAGCUCCCUUAAGGCUGGGACCAAUUGAUAUCAACAAGUUAGAAAGCAGUAACUUAAAGAGAGCGGCGGCCUCUCCUACCCAGACUUCCGGUCAUUCGGAGACCCCGGGACACCAGGGGAGCCACCUGGCCACCCUCCCACUGAGAAUAGAUGGGAUGCACUGUAAAUCGUGUGUUUUGAAUAUUGAAGGAAAUAUAGGCCAACUCCCGGGGGUUCAAAAUAUUCACGUGUCCUUGGAGAACAAAACCGCCCAAAUCCAGUAUGACCCUUCCUGUAUCACCCCCCUGUUCCUACAGACAGCCAUCGAGGAACUACCACCUGGGCACUUUAAAGUGUCUCUUCCCGAUGGAGUAGAGCAGAAUGAGCCUGAGAGUGGCUCUUCCAGUGUCCCCUCCCCUGGCUCCUCCCAGAGACACCAGGAGCAGGGCCCGUGCAGGACUGUGGUGCUCACCUUCACUGGCAUUACCUGUGUCUCAUCUGUUCAGCCCAUCAGAGACAUGCUGUCCCAGAGGAAAGGUGUGCAGCAGAUAUCCAUCUCUUUGGCAGAAGGGACUGGAGCAGUUCUUUACGAUCCCUCAGUAGUUAGCUUGGCUGAACUCCGAAUGGCUGUAGAAGACAUGGGAUUUCAGGUGUCAGUGAAUUCUGAAAACUUCACUAUUAACCGUGUCGGAAACUUCAGCUCUGGGAAUUCUGUGCCACAAGCCAUGGCUGAUACACCAGGGUCUGUGCAAAAAAUGGCUUCUGACACUAGAGGGCUCUCCAUACAUGAAGAUCCUGGCCACUUGUCAGAUAUCCCGCCAUUCCCAGGAGCAACAGCAUCACAGAAGUGCUUUGUACGGAUCAAAGGCAUGACCUGUGCGUCCUGUGUGUCUAACAUAGAAAGGAGUCUUCAGAGACAUGCUGGUAUUCUCUCCGUGUUGGUCGCCUUGAUGUCGGGAAAGGCAGAGGUCAAGUAUGAUCCAGAGGUCAUCCAGUCGUCCAGGAUAGCUCAGCUCAUCCAGGACCUGGGCUUUGAAGCAUCAGUCAUGGAGGACAACACAGUCUCUGAAGGUGACAUCGAACUGAUUAUCACAGGGAUGACCUGUGCCUCCUGUGUUCACAACAUCGAGUCCAAGCUCACAAAGACAAAUGGCAUCACUUACGCCUCUGUGGCCCUCGCCACCAGCAAAGCCCAUGUGAAGUUUGAUCCGGAAAUCAUCGGUCCCCGUGACAUCAUCAAGAUCAUCGAGGAAAUUGGCUUUCAUGCUUCCCUGGCCCAGAGAAACUCCAACGCUCAUCACUUGGACCACAAGAUGGAAAUAAAACAGUGGAAGAAAUCUUUCCUGUGUAGCCUGGUGUUUGGCAUCCCUGUCAUGGGCUUGAUGAUCUACAUGUUAAUCCCCAGCACUCAGCCCCAUGAGAUGAUGGUCCUGGACCACAACAUCAUCCCAGGACUGUCCAUUCUAAAUCUCAUCUUCUUCAUCUUGUGUACCUUUGUCCAAUUCCUGGGUGGGUGGUACUUCUAUGUACAAGCCUACAAAUCGCUAAGACACAAGUCAGCCAACAUGGACGUGCUCAUCGUGCUAGCGACAACCAUUGCCUACGCCUACUCCCUGGUCAUCCUAGUGGUUGCAGUAGCUGAGAAGGCAGAGAAGAGCCCCGUGACCUUCUUUGACACGCCCCCCAUGCUCUUCGUCUUCAUCUCCCUGGGACGGUGGCUGGAGCAGGUGGCAAAGAGCAAAACUUCAGAAGCCCUUGCAAAACUCAUGUCACUCCAAGCCACAGAAGCCACAGUUGUGACCCUGGGUGAGGACAACUUAAUCCUCAGAGAGGAGCAAGUGCCCGUGGAGCUGGUGCAGCGAGGUGAGAUCAUCAAGGUUGUCCCUGGGGGCAAGUUCCCAGUGGAUGGGAAAGUUCUAGAAGGCAACACCAUGGCAGAUGAGUCCCUCAUCACCGGAGAGGCCAUGCCUGUCACUAAGAAACCCGGGAGCAUAGUGAUUGCUGGCUCUAUAAACGCUCACGGCUCUGUGCUCAUUAAAGCUACCCAUGUGGGCAAUGACACUACUUUGGCUCAGAUUGUAAAGUUGGUGGAAGAGGCCCAGAUGUCAAAGGCUCCCAUUCAGCAGCUGGCUGACCGGUUUAGUGGAUACUUUGUCCCGUUUAUCAUCAUCAUUUCAACCUUAACACUGGUGGCGUGGAUCGUCAUCGGCUUCGUCAAUUUUGGUGUGGUUCAGAAGUACUUUCCUAACCCCAGCAAGCACAUCUCGCAGACAGAGGUGAUCAUCCGCUUUGCCUUCCAGACAUCUAUCACCGUGCUGUGCAUCGCCUGCCCCUGCUCCCUGGGGCUGGCCACACCCACAGCAGUUAUGGUGGGCACUGGGGUGGCUGCCCAGAACGGUGUCCUAAUCAAAGGAGGGAAGCCUCUGGAGAUGGCACACAAGAUAAAGACCGUUAUGUUCGACAAAACGGGCACCAUUACCCAUGGGGUCCCCAGAGUCAUGCGGUUCCUGCUGCUUGUGGAUGUGGUGACACUAUCCCUCAGGAAGGUUCUGGCUGUGGUGGGCACUGCAGAGGCCAGCAGCGAGCACCCCUUAGGCGUGGCCGUCACUAAAUACUGCAAAGAGGAACUUGGGACGGAGACCCUGGGAUACAGCACUGACUUCCAGGCAGUGCCAGGCUGUGGAAUCAGCUGCAAAGUUAGCAACGUGGAAAGCAUCCUGGCUCACAGUGAUCUGACCGCUCACCCUGCUGGGGUUGACAGCCCUCCCACAGGGGAAGGUACAGGUUCCCAGGCCUUCUCGGUGCUGAUUGGAAACCGGGAAUGGAUGCGGCGCAAUGGUUUAACCAUCUCCAGUGACAUCAGUGACGCCAUGACAGAUCAUGAGAUGAAAGGACAGACAGCCAUCCUGGUGGCCAUUGAUGGCGUGCUCUGCGGGAUGAUUGCCAUUGCAGAUGCUGUUAAACCAGAGGCUGCCCUGGCUAUCUACACCCUGAAAAGCAUGGGUGUGGAUGUGGCUCUGAUCACAGGGGACAACCGGAAGACAGCCAGAGCCAUUGCCACUCAGGUUGGCAUCAACAAAGUCUUUGCCGAGGUACUGCCUUCUCACAAGGUGGCCAAGGUUCAGGAGCUUCAGAACGAAGGGAAGAAAGUCGCCAUGGUGGGAGACGGGGUGAACGACUCCCCAGCCUUGGCCCAGGCUGAUGUGGGCAUUGCUAUUGGGACUGGCACAGAUGUUGCCAUCGAAGCAGCAGACGUGGUCCUGAUCAGAAAUGACUUGUUGGACGUGGUGGCCAGCAUUCAUCUCUCCAAGAGGACCGUCCGGAGGAUCCGGGUCAAUCUGGUGCUGGCAUUGAUUUAUAACAUGGUUGGGAUACCUAUUGCUGCAGGCGUCUUCAUGCCCAUUGGCAUUGUGCUGCAGCCGUGGAUGGGUUCAGCAGCUAUGGCUGCCUCCUCUGUGUCUGUGGUGCUCUCUUCUCUUCAGCUCAAGUGCUAUAGAAAGCCCGACCUAGAGAGAUAUGAGGCCCAGGCCCAUGGCCGCAUGAAGCCUCUGAGUGCCUCCCAAGUCAGCGUACACAUUGGCAUGGAUGACCGGCGGCGGGAUUCCCCCAGGGCCACAGCGUGGGACCAGGUCAGCUAUGUGAGCCAAGUGUCUCUGUCCUCCCUGACGUCAGACAGAUUGUCUCGGCAUGGCGGUCCUGCAGAGGACGGUGGUGACAAAUGGUCCCUGCUCCUGAGUGACAGGGAUGAAGAGCAGUGCAUCUGAGUGUUCCCAAACGCAGCCCCGGGCAAGCCAAGGUGCUCCUUCUAGGUGAGCCUGCACCCGCUCACUGUGGUCGAGCCAGCAGGUGGGAUGGGCGAAGCUUAUCUCGAGGCCUGAGCAUCUUGCUAGGCUUGCCAGCAGUGUGUGGUAACUUACCUUGUGUAUCUGCAGAGGCUGCGCGGGAUUGCUCUGUCAGAAGCUGCCAGGUUGGGCAAAGUACACUGCUCUCCCUGUUUUCCAUGAGGGCAAGGUCACACCCUGCUUGGAGUUUUAGUACAGGAGAGGAAGCCAGCACUGUUCACAGAGCCCUGCCUACUGUAUCUAUUAUUCUAUCUGAAAUGAGGACCACAGGCCUAGCUCAGCCCACUGCAGCUCUCCUGUACCAAGAGCUCCCAUGAAGCCUGGAGUUAGGCAGCACGCGGCCUGUGUAAGCCUAAGGCUACUUCAGGGGAGUUGUUCCCUGGCUGGUGUGGUUGGCAUCCUUGGUACUGGCGCUGCCUGCCUGCCGUCUAUCUUCUGAGGGUAGAAUUUGUGUCUUGGGUCCGAUGCUCUGGCCCCUGCAUAUCUGCCUGCCUACAGGUGGCACCCUGGUUUGCAGCCCAACCCAAGAGCUACCUGGCAUUCCUCUUUAUUCUGAGGAGAGGAUGCCAUCCUGUUUAAAGCCACAUCUACAGACUUACACAUGCUGCUCUCAACCAGCUGGAGAGAUACCUCAGAGCCUGACCAUAGUUCAUAUUCCUAUGAGGUCCGGGUCCUUGCCUCUCAGGGCAUCCUAUAUGGCCCUGCCGUAAGCUGUGGUGUGUCAGGCACUGCCCCUUGGGAGGUGUAUGCAUAGGGAAAGCUCCCCGUCACUUAGUGGGGUCCACUGGAGUUUGUCACAAAUGCCUAGUAUAUGCCUGGAGGGAGUUGCCCCACCAGAAGAGAGUGAAGGUCUCAGUAGAGAGCUGUCUGCUGCUGAGGGGACAUCUAAAUGAGGCAUAUCCACAGCUCCCCAGUGAAAACAUUUUUGUUAUCUAUGGCUAUCUGUGUGAUCGGGGUGACAUCAGAGGGCAGGGAUGGGGCCAGCUUAACUGAGUGAGCUGCUGAGCCACAUGGAACAGACUGGCAGAAAUGGAUUACUCUCAUUUGUGACAUUAAAAACAAACAAACAAACAACAAAACUCCUUUAUUAGAGGUCACUUAUUGGCCGUGGCAGUGUUAGUCCUUUUUGUAGGUUUCUCACCUCCUUUCCCCUGUAAGUAGCACCAUAGCUAUCGUCUACAUUUGAAAACAAGGAAACAGGGUCCGAGGGCCUCGGUGUCUUCCGGGGAACUCAUGGCCAAUCUGCAGUUCAGAAGGCUCCGAAGGCCUUUCUGUAAUUCCGCUGCUGCCUUACAUAUCAUAUCAGUUUGCUUGGUGAGAGCUAACUGGACGGGGGUCCUAGUCUCUGGAUGAGCAAACAUGCCAGGAGAUGGAUUAGUUGCAUCAACUUAGGAAGCAGUGCAUCACAAGGCUACUGCUUCUCACUUCGGAUGGCUGUCAACUUAGGAAGCAGUGCAUCACAAGGCUACUGCUUCUCACUUCGGAUGGCUGGCUUCGGUUUUGCACGACAGCAGUGUUUGCCGAACUUUAUGUUCUAAAACCCCGAGUACAGGGAUCUGUUGCGCUCUCAGUAUUUUCAACCUCCCACGCCCUCUCCUGCAACUUCCUCCCACUGGCAUCAUCUACUCUGUCUAUAGCUCUGUUUUGGAAUAAGGUAAUCAUUUUCUAAAGAACGUAAUUGUAUUGAUUUUUAAACCUUCUGAGAAUAUAAGCAUCAUGUUCACACAUAGACAUGAAAAUAUUUAUAUAAUUGUACAA